AUGGAAUGUUUCUCUGCAGGUGUUUUCUCCUGGAAUGAAACACAAGCCAAACGCAUAUCAGAGGGCCUUCAGGACCUGUUUGGCAACAUCUCUCAGCUUAUUGAUAAAGGUUACCCCACUGAUGUCUCCACAGUGGUCUCUCACAAGGAGUGGGGGGCAGAAGCUGUUGGCUGCAGCACUCCACUGACCAGGCCUGUGGAUUUCUUUGUCACGCACCAUGUCCCUGGACUGGAGUGUCACAACCGGACUGCAUGUAGUCAGAGGCUGUGGGAACUCUGGGACCAUCAUGUGCACAACAACAGCUGGUGUGACGUGGCCUACAACUUCCUGGUUGGAGACGAUGGCAGAGUAUAUGAAGGUGUUGGCUGGAACAUCCAAGGCAUGCACACCCAGGGCUACAACCACAUCUCCCUGGGCUUUGCUUUCUUUGGCACCAAGGAAGGCCACAGUCCUAGCCCUGCUGCCCUGUCAGCCAUGCAGGGUCUGAUCUCCUAUGCAAUCCAGAAGGGCCACCUGUCCUCCAUGUAUGUUCAGCCACUUCUUGUGAAAGGUGAAAACUGUCUGGCCCCUCUGCAGAAGGAAAGUCCUAAGAAAGCUUGCUCCAACAUUGUCCCUCGAUCUGCAUGGGAGGCCAGGAAGACGCACUGUCCCAAGAUGAACCUCCCAGCUAAGUAUGUUGUCAUUUUCCACACCGCUGGGAGAACCUGCAUCAUGUCUGAUGAGUGCCACCUGCUGGUCCAAGAUAUCCAGUCCUUCUUCAUAGACAGAUUGAAUUCAUGUGACAUUGGGUAUAACUUCCUUGUGGGGCAGGAUGGUGUCAUUUAUGAAGGAGUGGGCUGGAAUGUCCAAGGCUCCCGUGCUCCUGGCUACAAUGACAUUGCCCUGGGCAUUGCUUUCAUGGGGACCUUCUUGGGUACCCCACCCAAUGCUGCAGCCCUGGAGGCAGCCCAGAACCUGAUCCAGUGUGCAGUGGACAAGGGGUAUUUAACUCCCAACUACCUGCUGGUGGGGCACAGUGAUAUUGUCAAUACACUGUCUCCUGGGGAAGCUUUGUACAACAUCAUUAAGACUUGGCCUCAUUUCAAACACUGAAGGAACCCCUGCUCCUUCUGAGACUGCUUGUCCCACCUGGCUGCUGGGCCUCCCCUGUUCUCACCCUCCAUCCUGACUCAACACCUCGUGUCCCCUCCAUGUCAGCCCCAUCCUGCCCCUCCUUUCUCAGGUUAGGAUGAUUCUCUCCUGCUAGCACCACCCCCCAGCAGCCCCAAACCCUGGAGCUGGGCAUUACCAGCCCUUUGAGUGAGCCCCACCUUCCUCACUCCUCAUCUUCCCCUCCCCUGGGCACCCAGCUCCUAAGCCAGGUGGGAAGAUGGGCUGAUCCUUGUUUGACUUCUAGUUCCCUCUCUGGCUGCCCCUCUUCCCCAUGUACUUCCCCUGCCAUCUGCCCAGCAGCCCCCAAGCCUCACACAGGACCCAGGUCAAGGCCCAAAACCCCUCUCUGUUCACACAGCCACUUGUCCCCAUGUGGAUGCAGCCCUUAUUUCAGGGCUCAUUGCUUACAGGUGUGGUUGUUCUCUCCACUGGAUUGUGAGGGUUUCCAGGUUUAUUUGCCCCCAUGUCCUUGGUUCCUCAGCAGAAUCUGGAGUCUUGUGUGUGCUACAGAUAUUUGUUGGAGAUGUGGAUGAAUAAACAAAUAUGUGGGUCGAGUCCCUGCUUCCCUUUCCAGUCUGUUCCACCACCCCCUCUCUUUGGGGACACCUUCUGGGACUGUCCCCCAUCCUUCCAUUUUCUCUCUGUUCUUGCCCCUCCCAGUCUGAGGUUCAGAGCCAGCUCUGGUCACUUGUCUGUAAUGGUUGAUGUGCCUCUAGGUUCCUGUGUCCUGUCCUCCCCAAGUUCCCCAAGGGCAGAGACA